AACUAUACCUGGCUUUCUUUCUAAGUAGCCUGCUCUGAGCUCCAGGAUCCAGGGAAGCCCAGAACCUUCCAGACAGCCACUAUGAGCACAAUGGUGCCUGUCCUGCUGCCUCUGCUGCUCCUUCUGGGUCCUGCCGUCUCCCAGGAGACUCACACUGGGCCUUACUCUCUGAGCUUCCUCUACACUGGGCUGUCCAAGCCCGCUAAGGGUUUCCCCAGGUUUCAGGCCAUCGCCUACCUCAAUGACCAGGCCUUCUUCCACUACGACAGCGAGGGCAGGAAGGCUGAGCCCUUGGGCCCGUGGAGCCAGGUGGAAGGGAUGGAGGACUGGGAGAAGGAGAGUGAACUUCAGAAGGCCAGGGAGGACAUCUUCAUGGUGACCCUGGAAGACAUCAUGGACUAUUACAAGGACAGAGAAGGGUCUCAUACCUUUCAGGGACUGUUUGGUUGUGAGCUCCGGAAUAACCAAAGCAGCGGAGCCUUCUGGAGGUACGCCUACGAUGGACGGGACUUCAUCGAAUUCAACAAAGAAAUCCCAGCCUGGGUCGCCCUGGACCCAGCAGCUCGGGACACCAAGCAGAAGUGGGAGGCAGAAGAAGUCUAUGUGCAGCGGGCCAAGGCCUACCUGGAGGAGGAGUGCCCAGGGAUGCUGCGGAGGUACCUGCAAGACAGCAAGAUCUACCUGGACCGACAAGAUCCUCCCUCUGUGUCAGUCACCAGCCACGUGGCCCCAGGAAAAGAGAGGACACUCAAGUGCCUGGCCUAUGACUUCUACCCACGAAGAAUUGGUCUGCGCUGGACCCGGGCCAGCGAUGCGCAGGAGACUGAGUCAGGGGGAGACAUUCUUCCCAGUGGAAAUGGCACUUACCUGUCCUGGGUGGUGGUGGGAGUCCCCCCUCAGGACAGAGCCCCCCACUCCUGCCACGUGGAGCACAGUAGCCUGGCUCAGCCCCUCUCUGUGCUGUGGGAUGAGAGGCAGGAAGCAGAGGUUAAAGGUGGCUUGGGGACUCGAGCCCAGUAGUUAGCCUUUCUGCAGGACACGAGAGAUCUGAACUCUAACAAUCACUGUCAGCGUCAUCAGCGGGGCCCAGGGAACAGUUCCAGAGGACAGGUGGUGGAUCUGGAGACGGAAGACUUGAAUGCCGGGCACGGAGCUGAUUCACCGCCAAACCGCCUAGCAAAACCCCAGCAUCAAAUCUGUAGGAUCAGAUCAGUAAUAAUUGCCUGGCCUAGCACCCAGGAUAGAAAUGUAUCUGUAAACCGUGAAAUGCUGUAGAAGUGUGAAUAGAUUUUAUCCUUCA